GCCGGGCUGGGCCGGGGCAGAGCGGCGGGGCCCGGGCAGCCCGGGGCAGCGGCCGCCGCCAUGAAGAAGCAGUUCAACCGCAUGAAGCAGCUGGCCAACCAGACCGUGGGCAGGGCUGAGAGAACAGAGGUACUCAGUGAAGACCUGUUGCAGAUCGAGAGGCGCCUGGACGCCGUGAGGUCCGUGUGCCACCUGGCCCAGAAGAGGCUGAUUGCCUGUCUGCAGGGCCAGCAUGGCACAGAGCCUGACAAGAGACACAAAAAACUUCCUCUGACAGCUCUGGCUCAGAACAUGCAGGAGGGAUCCGUCCAGCUGAGUGAUGAAACUCUGCUGGGGAAAAUGCUGGAUACGUGUGGGGAUGCAGAGAAUAAACUGGCAAUGGAGCUCUCCCAGCAUGAAGUACAGAUUGAGAGAGAAGUUCUAGACCCGCUGUGCCAGCUGACAGAGACAGAGAUCCCCAACAUUCAGAAGCAGAGGAAGCAGCUUGCAAAGCUGGUGCUGGACUGGGAUUCUGCAAGGGGAAGGUACAACCAAGCCCACAAGACUUCAGGAACAAAUUUCCAAGUGCAUCCUUCUAAAAUAGAAUCCCUUAAGGAAGAGAUGGAUGAAGCUGGAAAUAAAGUAGAGCAGUGCAAGGAUCAGCUGGCUGCUGACAUGUACAGCUUCGUGUCCAAGGAGGGGGAGUAUGCCCGCUGCUUCGUCAUGUUAUUAGAAGCACAAGCAGAUUACCAUAGAAAAGCAUUAGCAGUCAUAGAAAAGGUCCUACCCGAAAUUCAAGCCCAUCAAGACAAAUGGACUGAAAAGCCAGCUUUUGGAACUGCCCUGGAGGAGCAUCUGAAGCGCAGCGGGCGGGAAAUCGCCGUUCCUAUCGAAGCCUGUGUCAUGAUGCUCCUGGAAACAGGGAUGAGAGAGGAGGGCUUGUUCAGAAUUGCUGCUGGAGCCUCCAAGUUAAAGAAGCUGAAAGCUGCCCUGGACUGUUCCACGUCCCAGCUGGAUGAGUUCUACUCAGAUCCCCACGCUGUUGCAGGUGCCCUGAAAUCCUAUUUGCGGGAGCUGCCAGAGCCUCUGAUGACCUACAGCCUGUACGAGGAGUGGACACAAGCUGCAAAUAUUCAGGACCAGGAUAAGAAGCUCCAGGAGUUAUGGAGGAUUUGUAACAGAUUACCUGAGCAUUACCGUGUUAACUUCAGGUAUUUAAUCAAAUUUUUAGCCAAGCUUGCCCAGAACAGUGACGUUAACAAAAUGACACCGAGUAACAUCGCCAUAGUCUUGGGCCCCAACUUGCUGUGGGCAAAGAAUGAAGGGUCCCUUGCUGAAAUGGCAGCAGCCACUUCGGUGCACGUGGUAGCAGUUAUUGAGCCCAUCAUUCAGCACGCAGACUGGUUCUUCCCUGGAGAUGAGGAUUUCAAUGUGUCUGGGGCGUUCGUGGCAGUUCCUGCUGUAAAUUCCAAUCACUUGUCACACACUGGGAAUGAUUAUGAAUGUGGGACCCUGGAGAGGAAGAGGCCUCUGAGCAUGACAGUGAUGGAAGGGGAUUUGCUGAAGAAGGAAAGUGCCUCAAAGUGCAAGGACAGCUCGUCUGCAGCCACUCCUCCCCCGGUGAGGAACGGCGGCCAGGCAGGGUCGGCCCCGGGCCAGGCAGGGGCCAGCACCUCGCAGCUCGGUGUCAGCCAGCCCCAGAACGCUGCUGGUCCCAGUCCCCAUGCCCUGAGGAGAGCUGUGAAGAAGCCGGCGCCAGCCCCCCCCAAACCAGCCAACCCCCCGCCGGGGCAGCCAGGGAGCCAAAGCUCUUCCCCAGCUGCUCAGCCACCUUCUGUCUCCCCAAAACCUCCGGCCAGAAGCUCUUCUCCCCCCGCCCAGCACGCCAACCAAGGAGCAGCCCAGACCUCCUCCCCGUGCCAGGUUUCUGCACCCCGGAGAUACUCCAGCAGCCUGUCCCCGCUGCAAGCUCCCAGCCACCCUCCCCCGCAGCCCCCGGCGCAGGCAACCCCUCCCCUGCAGCCCCGGGGCAGCAGCCAAGCAUGUCCAGGGGAGCAGGGCCCCGAGCAGCCGCUGCCGCAGACCCCCACGCCGCCCGACACGCCGCCGCUGGGCAAGCACGCCGUGCCCCCCGAGCCCUGCCCGGCGCCCUGCCCGCCCCAGCCCGGCACCUUGCCCCGGCCACGGCCCGUGCCCAAGCCCAGGAACAGACCCAGCGUGCCCCCUCCGCCUCACCCUCCCUCGCAGCCGCCUGCAGACCCCACGCACACGGCCUCCAAAAUAGUCACAGACUCUAACCCCAGUAUUGCAGAAGCACUUGCAAACCCUCCUGCAGAGCUUCCUGCAGAGCCGGCGGGCAGAGAGCUGCACAACCACCUGCUGCUGGACAUGGACACCGACACGGAGAGCACCGCGCUGUGAGCGGCGCCCCGCUCCUCUCGGGGGAACCCCAGACCUGGCAGGGAAAGCUUCUUCUGGCAGCUGGCACGGCUGGCACAGCUGGGCACAGCUGGGCACAGCUGGGCCGGAGCCUCCUGGGGACUCUGAGCUCCAGGGGGGCCCAGGUUGGAGAAGACCCCCGAGGAAAUCGAGCCCAACCUUUGGCCACGCUCCGGUUUGGCCCUCAGAAGAAGUUUAAUGAUCUGGGUCUGGACAACGGUUUUCAAGCUCUUGGAUGGAAGGAAUGAAUUCCUGCCGGAACUUGCCUAGGAAGCGUGGUCAGUGCUGGUACAGGUGGUGUUAGCAGAAAUUCCAAAAGAGUAAGGAGCAGAACGUUAGUUAUUUAAAGUGCAUGUCUGUAUUUUGGAAAUAAUCCUUCUCACGGCACGGUUAGAGGUUCUUUGUAGUUCUUAGCCCGUACCAGGAGCUGCCUCCCAGGGACAUUCCCUCUCAGAUUUGCUGCAGAUUCCCCUCAAGCCAUGAACCAAACCCCUGCCCCAGUGCUGGUGGUGACUGCUGGUUCUCAGUCACCCUGUGAACUGUGGAUGCAUCCAGUGCCUUGAAGGACUGUCGUGCUGUAGGAGGAACUUCUGUCUCUUUAAUCAUUUCAUUGCUACUUAGGAUCAGUACUUACCCUGAUUUCAUAGUUAUUUGUAUUAACCUGCUUUGUUCAUGUGCAACUGUUUCACGAGGAAACCGUGCAAAUGGGGUUUGUGCUUUUGUUGAAAACGGUUGAAUUUUGAAAGAACUUUGAAACAGCUGUUUGGAUUCAGAAGUUGAGUGAACAUUUAUAAAAUUAAAGAUUGUUUUUUCUCAA